AUGGCGACGGCUUUUGCGGCAACAACUUCCUCGCCGGCCACCGCCGUUGGGUUACCUCAGCUUCCUACCACCCUCUAUGUUCCUUGCUCGGUGUUACCAUACCUUCCAACUCGUUCGUUUUCGUCUUUGAUCAAACAUGUGUCAGAACUUCAAGUAACUGGUUUCAAUUAUGAGUGUUGUUUCGUUUACAUGUGUGUUUUGUAUACGAUGAAACUCAGCACUUUCUUCGUGUUACCAUGGUCGAGAAGAUCAUUUAUGUUCCAGAUCAAGGCCUCAGAAGAUGCGUCAUUUGCUCCAGAUGCUAAUGAAUUGUUCAAUGACUUGAAGGAAAAGUGGAAUGCACUUGAAAACAAGUCGACAGUUGUUGUUUAUGGAGGAGGAGCAGUUGUUGCCAUAUGGAUAUCUUCAAUCCUUGUUGGUGUUUUCAACUCAGUGUCAUUGGUAUGCUUUCUAGACGUUGUUUGUAUAUUGUGGUCUUGA